AAAACGAUUUGUCACGCAGCACAGUGUGGAAAAAAUACGCCUAUACUCUUUUUUUCUUAGAAAUGAAUUAUUAUAAUAAUUGGUAGAAUAAUAUCGUUUAAUUAUUCACUCUCUUAGCUUAUCUUUGCUCUUUGACGUUUCUUAUAUAUCAUUAUCACAAUACUUACUCAAAACAUUUGACAUAUUUAAACUAACUUUUACUAGCGUUAUAAAGAGUUGAAGGUUUACAUCGCACUCAGACAACGUUCAGUUAACGCGACUGCAAAAAUGAAGUGCGUUCUUGUAUUAAGUGUUUUCGUGUUGAUAGCAAUAUCUUCAUGCUUAGCCAACGAUCUAAUCAUUGGCACCAGCUACAAUACUCGCUUAGUAUGGCAACAGAAGGCAGACUACAUGGGCUUUCCUUUCAAAAAGAGAGUUAAGGAAGUGUUCUACUCAGACCCUGGUCAACAAAUAAUUAAGGGUAUCAUAGCCAGGGACAUAGAUCACUCAGCAGGAAGCGCUACAGUCACAGCCGGCGGUGUGGGCUUCAGUUUUGUCAACAUUCGUCUUAAAAGUGAACGUGGCAGUGCGCUCAAUUACCAAAUCGAAAUUUAUGUGUAAUAUCCUUUCGAAAAUAUCUAUGAUUUUUGAACCAAAAUAAACGUUUUCGCAGGUUUUA